AUGCUGGGGUUUGAUAAAGCCAGCAAAACCAUCGAGUGGCUAUUCACAAAGUCCAAGACUUCCAUCAAGGAACUCAAGCAGCACCUCAACAUCUCACCCCUGGCAGCUUACAGCUGUAGCACCAAUGCCAACGCCACUUCUACCAGCACAAUCACUGCAAAGAUGAAUUCGUCCACUUCUGAGAAUAGCGAAGUUGCAUCCAAGAUUCAGGAGACUGCAAAUGGCGACGUACACUCGAUUGGGACAUUAGAGAGAGAUAAAAAGAACAGGAAGUUAUGUGUGGUUGCGAGAGAAUCGAGGGUCGAGGCAAGAGCAAGGGCAAGGGAGAGAACAAGGGAGAAGAUGAUGAGGACCAGAUCAGGUUUGGAUCAAUAUCAGAAUUUAAGAAAACAAAGCCCUGAUCAUGAUCAAGUACCACAAAACCCUAAUAAUGAUCAAUUCUCGGGCGGUCACUACUUAUGGUCCUCUAAUUGUCCUAAUGAUCAAUUGUUUGAACCUGGAAUGAUGAUGAAUUCCAUGGUGAUGAGCAUCAAUCAUCAUGAUGAGAAGGUUGUGGGCAGCACAACAAUUCCCAGUGGAGCAAAUUCCGAGGAUUAUGAUUUUCCAAGUUUUCCUGGGAAUUGGGGCCAAAUCAACAAUUCCAAGAACAUUACAGGUAAUAACGUGCUGCAAGUAGAUCCAAACCCUAGUAACUCAUCAACUAUGGCUACUGCUCCUCCUACCUCAUACCCCCUAGAACAAAAGCCUAGUUCAGUUUUCAUGUCCACCUCAUCAAGCAUGCAAGAACAAAACCCUAGUUCAAUCUUCGUCACAACCUUGAUUGCUGAAGACCAAAAUCCCACUACUUCUUCAAAUUUUGGGACCAAUUCAAGUAUUGUUUUGAAGUCCCAUUUCCUUGGAAAUUAA